AUGGAAGCAUCGUGGCUCGCCGUGGGCGGCACGCUUGGCGCUGUUGCUGGCGCGUACCUCUUGUGGGCUCGCCGCGAGCGCAGCGUCCCAAUUGCGCCGCUUGAUGCUCCGCCUGCCGCACCCGGCUGGAAAGGCACGUUCCGUGACGCGAAUGCGCUGCUGUUUGAGAACGGCACCGUCCACUGCUACGAUCCAGCAACUGGCUACAUACUUGGCGCAUUCCCGGCAGACACGCCGUCCACGAUUUCGGACAAAAUCGGGCGUGCCGCUGAGGCCCAAGCUGUAUGGAGGCGCUCUACAUGGCGGGAGCGCCGCGAGGUGCUGCGCACGAUGCAAGCAUGGCUCAUGCACGACAUGGAAAGCGUCGUACGCGUUGCGUGCCGCGAUACAGGCAAGACAAUGAUCGAUGCUGCAUUCGGCGAGCUGCUGACUACAUGCUCCAAACUUGCGUGGACAAUCCAGCACGGCGAGCGCGUGCUGCGCACCGAGACGCGGUCGGGCAAUCUUCUCAUGGCGCACAAACGGAGCACGGUGGUACACGAGCCACUCGGCGUGGUCGCGGCGUGCGUCUCGUGGAACUAUCCCGUGCACAACAUGCUGGGGCCAGUCAUCAGCGCGCUGUUUGCGGGGAACGCCAUCGUGAUCAAAGCCUCCGAGCACGUGGCAUGGUCGUCGCACCUGGUCUUGGAUGCGGUGCGCCGGUGCCUGCGUGCGUGUGGCCAUGCGCCCGAGCUUGUGCAGCUUGUCGUGUGCACGCCAGACGAUGCAGCGCUGCUCACACGCGAUCCGCGCCUCGCGCACAUCACAUUUAUCGGCAGCGACGCCGUCGGACGCAAAGUCGCCGCGGCAGCAGCGCCGCAGCUCACCGCCACCACGCUGGAGCUCGGGGGAAAGGACCCAGCUGUGAUCUUGGAAGGCACAGACAUUGCUUUUUUUUCUUCCAUGUUGAUGCGCUCGUGCUUCCAGGCGAUGGGCCAGAACUGUAUCGGGAUCGAGCGUUUUCUUGUGCACAGCGCCUUGGAAAGCAAGCUCCUCGACGCGAUCCUCCCGCGGAUCGCCGCAUUGCGCUGCGGAAGCGCGCUCGAUGAGACGCGGUUUGGAACACUCAGCACAUGCAACGAGGAUGCCAUAGACUGUGGCGCGAUGAUCUCCGAUGCGCGCUUCGCACACCUCGAAGCGCUCGUCGAGGAAGCCGUCGCCCAAGGCGCCACUUUGCACGUCGGGGGGCGCCGCAUCCGCCAUGAAACCUGGCCGCUUGGCCACUACUUUGCGCCGACCCUGCUGAGCCAUGUAGCUCCUUGGAUGCGGAUCGCGCAAGAGGAAGCGUUUGCGCCGAUUUUUCUCGUGAUGCGCUUCGACACGCGCGAGGAAGCGAUUGCGCUCGCCAACGGCGUCCCAUAUGGUCUUGGCGCGUCCGUGUUUGGACCGCGCCGUGCGGCAUGCAUGGACGUUGCCAACGCACUCCAGUGCGGCAUGGUCAACAUCAAUGAUUUCGGUAUCUCGUACCUCAACCAAGGCCUGCCGUUCGGCGGGUGCAAAGACAGCGGCUACGGCCGAUUUGCCGGCCCCGAGGGCCUCUUGGGCCUUACACAGCCGAAAGCCAUCACAGAGGACCUUGCAUUUGGGAUCGUGCAGACGAGCAUUCCGCCUGUUGUCGACUAUCCUGUUCGCAACACGCAAAAAAGCUGGGCGUUUUUGCGCAGCCUCGUGCGUUUGGCAUUCGGGAGUGUGGGAGAGCGUGUAAAAGGACUGGUUGGUAUUGUGCAAGCUAGUCUAUAA